UUCGUCUCUUCUUUCUUCCUCAUCGUCUGCUUCUUCUUUUAAGGUUAGGGUUUCUUCUGCUCUUCUGUCAUUUCUUAUUGUUUCUGGUUUCAGCCUUGUGCCCCUGAAGAUAAGAAAAGCUACAAGAAGUCCUCUUGUUAUCAUCUUUUACAUUCACAAUGAAGAAGAAGCUGCAAAAGGAGGCACUUUCCGCUUGUUCUACUGCUCUAGCCACCACCACAGUUGACCUUAAGACCGUAAUCCACGACCAUGCUCUGUUCUUUGACAAACUAGUCGAAUUAAUCCCCGCAAAGUUCUACCUUCCGGUCGAUGAAGAUUCGAAACCCUGGUUUCAAGGUCUCAGCAAAGGCAAAAAAGCGUCUCUUAAACAACAAACGCGUGAAAACAUCAAGAAAUCCCGGCGUGAUCGUCUGGACCCGGAGAAAUCACAAACCACAACCCUAGAUCUUCUAAAGAAAAGCAUCAGUAAGAACGCAAACGAAGAUAAGGAUUCAGACGAAGAGGACGACGACGACGAAGAGGAAGAAAUUGAAAUCAAAGUGAAACCGGUAUCGGAGUUUGACGGUGAAACCAGUAACAGUCACAAGUCUGUUACAUAUGAGGAGUUACAACAGAGACUGCAUCAUAAGCUUGAAAUGCUUCGCGCGAACCGAGGCCAGGGGAAACGAACAAUGAUAAUGAACGAGGUUAGAAAAAGGGAUAAUUAUACCGACAAGAAACGUAAACGGGAAGAUAAAGACAGUGGUAGUAACAAUAAAGAUGCCAGUGGUAGUGGUAAGGGAAAGGGUAAGAUCGAGGCCGAUUUUGAAUUCGGGAAAGUGAAAUUGGGAGACGAAGAUGGAAACAGGAAGAAAGCGAAAAAGGCUUCGAAAGUGAAAGAGUUGGAGAAAGCGAAGAAGCUGCAUGAAGCUAAGAAAGAAAAUGUUGUGGUGGCUAAAAAGCAUUCGUGGAAGGCUGCUACGGAAAAGGCGAUGGGAGUGAAGGUUCAUGAUGACCCAAAGCUUUUGAAGAGGAGUUUACAGAAGGAGAAAAAGAGGCGGGAAAAGAGUGCGGGGAAAUGGAAGGAUAGGGUGGAGACGCAGGAGAAGAUGAAGGAAGAGAAGCAGGCGAAGAGAAGAGGGAAUAUAGAAGAGAGGGCUAACCAGAAGAAAGCGAGGAAGAUUGCUAAGAGAGAGAAGAAGCUCAUGAGGCCUGGGUUUGAAGGCCGAAAAGAAGGAUAUAUCGGUGAAAAAAGUGGUUAAAAGGUGCUAAAUUUUUAUCCUUGUUUGGAAUUUUCUUUGUAUUUUGCUUUAACCAUGGAGUUUUUAAGUUGAUUUUGAUGAUGGGAAUUACAUUAGUAGAGUGUGAUCUAAAGCUAUAUGUUCUUGAAGUCUGGCAUUUUUUUAAGACCUGGUAAAAACAGGGAAAAGGUAGCCUGAUUUUGAAUGAAUUCGGGGCACACAAUAGGCUGAGUUUCUUUAAUCAUAAAUGUCCGUAACUCUUUUCAUACCA